AUGUUUAAACAUUUUACUACUAGCGAUUUGGCAAUGAUUGCUAUUGCCCUAGACGAAGAAGAAGAAAGGAAUGUACAACAAAGAAUAUGGGUUCAUGAUAUUUUGUUAAAACGGCACAUUGAAGGUGAAUUCGUAACUUUGUAUAAACAAUUAAGUGACCACGAAGAAAAAUUUUUUAAAUAUUUUCGUAUGACAAAAAUUCAAUUUAAUGUACUUUUAUCGAAAAUUAAAAACACAAUUAGAAAAAAAAAUACGUGUUUUCGGAAAGCCAUAUCACCACGAGAAAAACUUGCAGUUUGUUUAAGGUAA